AUGUUGUAUGAUAUCAAUCUAAACACGAGAUAUUUGUUGCUGAUUUUCCAGGGAAAGAACACGAGUGAGAUACGACAGAUCAAUCAGAAAUUAAGUCAGAUGGAAGCGUCUGCUGGUCGCCUGGAAACUAUUACCAGAGAUUUAAAUAGAGCUGAACAAGAGUUAUCUAGCACAGAAUCUACGAUAGAUCUAGAUUCUAUAAAACAGGAUAUCAGUCAGAUGGACAAACAAAGACGAGAACUCGAUUCUAAACUUAGUAACUUAAACACUGAAUUAAACAAAUUAACACUGGAAUCUAAAUCACGUACAGAAUUAGAUAUGUUGAAAAAGGACAAAGUUUCUAAAGAAGACCAAAUUCGAAGAUUGAAAUCUAAACACGAAGAUACCAUUGUAUAUUUAUUAAAUGAAAUGCCUACAUCUAAUUUACGUGGCAGAUUAGAGACUUAUAUUGGGGAACAGACAGACAAUGUAAAACAAUGUUCUAGUGAACUACAGAAAGCCAAUCAGACUAUUACUUCUAAAGAGGCAGAGAAAAAAAUGAUACAACACCAACUAAAACAGAAAGAAGAAGAAUUACGAACUUUAGAUGAGAAGAUUUUUAACGUCUGUGGCAGUCAGAAUUACGAUGACGAAUAUCAAAAUAUUCAACAAAAACUCACCACAGCUCAGGAGUCGCGAGGAUCAUUAUUAGGAGCAGAACAUUUCUUCAAGAAAUACGUAUCAGACCUGGAGAAAGAUUCACCAUGUUGUCCGUUAUGUCAUAGAGAUUUUGAUAAUGAACAAGAUGUCAGAGAGCUGAUAUUAGAGCUUCAAAAUAAACUACGUAUGGUUCCUGGUAAGAUACAGAAAUCAGAGAAAGAUCUGGAAGAAUACCAGAAGAAAUAUGACAAUAUGACACAACUUAAACCAUUGAAGGAAAACGUAAGUUUGUAUGUCUACUGUACUGUACCUAAAAACUAUUCAUAA